GCGAUUGGUUGUUUGGAAAUUGCGUCGGGCGAUGUUGUGCAUAAAAAUAAAAAACAAAAUUGAAGAUAAUAAAUUAAAUUUCAAGUUCUAAUGACGUGCAUUUGUGAUAGCUAUCCAAAUAAAGCAAGUGUAUAUUUAUGAACGUAACGCGAAACCAGAUAGAAGUGAACAAAGGCACGAAAGCUUUGUGACGACUGAAAGUUUUUUAUUGUUGUUUGGUGUAAUAAUAGCAACAUAGCUAUUGGCGGCAUAACAUUGGGAACUACUCUACAACUACUGAUUCAUUGUCAUAACUUUUCAGGAUAGCAUUUUAGGAAUUGUUCAAGGAUUUGACAGCAAAAUGGCAGCGGAAGGCUUGCGUCAGUGUCUGCUGCUAUGGAGCGUCGACUAUUGGAAUCUAGAAGUUAUGGCUGACAGUGCUUUCAAGUCGCGUGACAUUGGCUUGCGUGCCCAGAAGAAGAUCCUCUCGCGCAUGGCCACCAAGAAUAUAGCGAAAACCUUUAUUGACGGCACAACUGCAUCGCUUCUUGAUAAUUUAUAUCGCCUUUGUAAAAUGCAUACGGGCAACAAAGUUAAAGCGGAGAAGCUGAUAAAAAAUAUAAUAAAAAUUGUUAUCAAAAUUGGUGUCCUACAUCGAAAUAAUCAAUUCAGUGCCGACGAACUGAAGGAUGCGGAAGUCUUUAAGCGGAAGUUUCAAAAUACACAACUUGCAGUGAUUUCCUUCUAUGAAGUAGAUUACAGCUUCGACCUGCCGUAUAUGCAAAAGUCCAUUGCUGAAUCACAUGCCACCCUCAAGUCAAUUGUCCAACGACAUCUCACCGAAAAGUCGCUAAAUCGCAUCGAUGAAGUCUUUAACUUUUUCGGUGAUACCGCACUCUUAGAGACCGCCUUCAAACCCAAUUCGCCAUAUCGUGAAUUAAUGGGCAAAAUUGUCAGCGACAUAAAUACUGCCAUGGAAGCGGGAGACAUGACUGCAAAGUACUUUAAACGCAGCGGCAAAAAGCGAAGAUGUGAACGCAAAUGAAAGGCUUAAAUGGAAUUUAGGUCAUUAGUAUGGAACAAGAAACCAAAAAUAAUAUAUAUAAUAACAAUAAAAUAAAUUACAGCACUUUUAUCGAAUACGCUUGUCUUAAAUAUUAUAAAUCACAAAAAAAGAAAGAAACAUAAAAUAAAUAAUGAUGAUGAUACUAAAUAUAUGUAUUGACGCUAACAAAUAAUAACAGAUGUGACAGGCGUUAUUGAUGUAUGUAUGUAUGUAUUUAUUUAUGAAUUAUAAGGGCGUUGAUUAUGUCAUUGCCGAUAAUUGUGUUUUGAUAAUACGAAUAUUUUUGAUGCUAUUGAUUGAGCAUUCUAAUGUUAACAGCGUUAUUGAUAAAUUCUAUCGAUAACAAUGAUAAUAAUAUUUAUUAUAAGCUAGUAAAUAUGAAACAAGCAAACAAAAAAAGUAAUUUUUGAACGAUUAUUUUUCUAUGGUGAUAUUAAAUAAAUAAAUAAAUAAAAAAAAACUAGCACAUAAAAUGAAAUGCAAACGACAACAAGGAAUAUGCACAAGUGCUGAGCUAUUGAUACAUAUUGAAAAGAAAGCAUUUAAAGACAACAAAGCACAAUUGUACAACAUAAAUAAUAUUAUCGUUUAUUUUAGCGUGAAGAUUUGAUUUAAAAAAAGUUUAAUAAAUUAAGAGAAUUGAAAUUAAAAUUUCGAAAGAUGCGUUACAGAAUAAAAAAAUCGGUUAAGUUGCAAGAAAUUUCUUAAAUUCUAAUUCAUUAACAUAAUUAAUUUGUUUCAAUAAGCAAAAUUCGAAAUUCGUCAAUUAUAAGUAUUAUUAUUGAUAUUGCUUUCGCAUUACCUUCGUAUUAACCACUCAAAUUAAACGAAAAUAUUAUUCAUGCGUACAAUGGAAUUGCAAUAACAGUUUGGCGUCCUGUUCGUUUAUUGAUUGUUGUAUCAAAUGUAUUGUUAUUAUGUAGACUAAGCAGAUAAGUUUAAGAAGCUAAAAUAAAAAACAAAAAACAAAUCGUAAUGCAUUCACAGGCUACAGAGUUGCCACAAAUUUAACAAAAAAAAAGACGAAAUUCGAAAAAAACCAA